GUGAUGCAUUAUCGCAACGGAGAAAAGAAAUCGAACGUCUGAAUGCACUGAACGCUUCAUUGUGUGACCUAUUGCUGUUUCCUCUCUCUCUCUCUAUACAUAUAUAUUUGAAUCGGAACGUGGCGAGUGUGUAAACGCUCCACGGCACUUUCAACACCAAAAGGGAGAAAGAUCCCCACGUCACCUCUACUACCCCGCUGCGUCUUUAGGUGGAGCAAAAGCGAUAAAAACUAAUAAAAGAAGAUAUCACUUUAGAUAUUUCAUUUUUCGUUUUACUCUUUUUUAUUAUCAUUAUUUACGCAGCACGGUCACAUCGCUCGCUCUGUGAUUCCCGCACCAUAGAACCAAUAUUCUCGUCAACCGCCGCCUUUUGUAGAACACUUUUAGAAAGUUUUUUUUUGUUCUCUGAUUUGCUCUCGCGGAACCGCACGUUUUCACCUGUCAAGCUUUGCGGCCUGGUCGUUGAUUAAGUUGCUCUGCGGCCUGAUCAGCAGAGCACGAGGAGAGCUUCGACAAUUUCGGCCUGUGCUGCCACACGAACAUUCCCUCCGGUGGGUCCCAUCGCAAGGAUGAUUCAGCUCGACUUUGUGCUGUACCGCUUCGUGUGCGACAUCACGGCCUUUACGGGGCUGUUCGCCGAGGACGCGGAGGGGCGAAGUAUCCCCGACACAGCCGCAUUUCACUGUACGUGGAGCCGCACACCCCGCUCCAAGCAGACCGCGGCCGCCGUGACGGCGCGCAUUGGCGGAAGCACCGACAGCAUCUACUUCAAAGCGCUCGGGUCCGACAUGGCACUCACCUUCCCCACGCAGGCGCAUCAGUUUCUCAUGGACGGCGAGAGGGAAGUGGUCACGUUUGCGCUUCGUCCUUCACAGUACAGCGACGAUGGGGCGCUGCCCAUCAUUGCGAAGGGCACCCUAGACCCUAAUCCGUACUCUGAGAAGCCAAAGAAGAACUACGCCAUUCGGCUGCGCGACGCGGCGGGACACGUCACCGGGAGGCUUCUCUUUUCUCUCGUGGCCCGCGAGAUAGACGGAGACCACGAGCAAGGUACGUCAGCCGAUAGAGCGGCGCGGUCGCCCAAGCUGCCCGCUUCGCACAGCCGCGAAGGCAGUCGCACUUCCCUUCCGAAAAAUCCUGCACGUGACCGAUUAUGGAAGACUUCUCCACCCCACCAGCAGCCGCUGGCGUCAAGCACACCACCGCGCGUAGGAGAACCGACGCCACCUAGGAGAGUGCACGCCGGCGGCGAAGAGCAGCAACAGCCUACAAUAGUCGCGGCAGCUGCAACAGCACCUACUUCAAAUGGAAACAGCAGCCCUCACCGCAGCAGUCCGGUGCCUUCCCCUCGUAGCAACGGUGUUAUGGGCUCUUCAGCAGUCUCUCCUCCGCGUACGACGUCCAACCUCGUGAACGGCGUAGAAAGCGUUGAUGUGCAGUUAGAGCGCAUCACGGUGCGCUCCGAAGGCAUCGAUCUCGACCACCCCGCCCCGCUGCUGCUCGGUGGCGACUACAGCCUAAAAGUCCGCUAUGGCUCCUUCUCGUAUAGCACGACACGGUGCACCUGCCGCAACCCGAAAGAGGUGCAGUACCGAGGCCAGCAAACCUGUAUCAUGCUGCAGCCGGCGCCGGGCAGCGAAAAACUGCGCUUCUCACUGUGGGAGGAUAAGAAGCAAGUGGCAGGCUUUUCGCUCGAUCCUGCCAAGUUCACCGCGGCGCUGGGUGUGUGGAAGGAGUACGCAAUCCCCUUCCGCUAUCACCCGACGGGGCAGAAGGCGGCGUUGGAUGUGCGGGUCCGCCGCUUCGUCGUGCCCCUCGACGGCUCACUGGCCGGCCGACACGACAACACGCCGUCCCUGCACCGGCAACCCACGAUGACGACCGGCGCGACGGAGCCGAUUGUGUUCCCGGCCGACGGCGCGGUGCCACGCCGGCUGACCUACCACGCAGAGCCGCCGUCGAGUCCCCCACCCGCUCCGGCCGAUACUGGACGACCACUGCGGCCACCGCAGCACACGCCUCUGCGUCCCCCCUCACCACCGAGGAAACAACCAUCACAGCAGCAUCAUCAAAACGUGAAACAGACAUCUCCCGAGAAAGGUACGCCACUGCGCUCUUCUCCCCUGGCACGUGGGGGCAAUUCGUCACCGGCGGGUUCCAUUGCGGUGACGCGCGGAGCUCUGCAGGACGCGCUGAGGCGAGAUGGGACGCCGCACCGCCUCUACGAUGCCGAAGCCGACCCCAGCGCGCACACCGGCCUGCGCAGCCAGAACCCGUCCUGCUCGGUCGUGCGCAGCGGGUGGGUGCGCACUCCCAUGCCGGAGCGUCCGUCGCCGCUGACGAGAAACCUCGCGGACCUGCCCGCUGACCGCCGUCCCCCGGACGACCACGAAGCGUACAUCUCGGAGGUGCUGGCUCGGCUAAACCGGCCGCCCCGCGGUGGAUCUCGGCAGCCGACGUCGCUCAUGGAGGAGUGGAUGAGCUGGCGAGACGACAGGGAGCGCAGUCGGUGCAACAGUGUCGCCAACUCGAUGGUACGGUCUGAAUCGGUCAGCAGUGCGGUGAGUCGCGCUGACUCGUUGGCGUCCGUGACGUCGCGCCAUGCCUCUGUGCCGCGUGCCACCAAGUCCAACGCUGACCACUCUCUGAUGACGCCCUUCACACCGGAUAACGGCGGCUUUCGGAGGCGUCAUACGAGUCCAAGCCCUGCGGCCCGCAACCCACUUAUCUAA